AUGGCCAUCACGGAGCUUGCCCUCCUCCGUCUCAAAUCACCCGGAGAUCGCACGAUCGAAGACCCGUCGUAUGUCUACUUGCUGGGUGGAUGGGAGUCGACCACGACAUAUUUCGACGACUGGGGCCAUGUGGAGUGGAUAGUGCAUAUCGACAUCAAUCCUCGUGAAGCCAAGACGCACGAGCGAAUCCCACUGGACGCGCCGAUGAUAGCGAUCAGGCGAUAUUUCCUGACGAUGGGACAACGGGACGCAUUUCUACAGUUGUUUCAUGUGAUCAAGGGACGUCCCCUGACAAUUAUUGCGCUGCGGACUCUGCAGGGAGGCUUGCGAAUGGAACUGAGGGAAACGACAGCAGGUGGACAGGGGAAUCGGGAGUUUGUGCUGUUCAGUGGGUGGGAUGACGUAACGGUGAAUGGUUGGGUUGAAGAGUCGGGAUUUGAGGAAUUUGUCCGGGAGGCGCUGGCAGGGACAGAUAUCAAGCACGUGGGGCUAUGGGAGGGGACGGACAGGCCAGAGGAAGAAGGGAGUUGUUGA